CGAUAAGCCCGCGGGAUGGUCGAUUAUUAUUACAUUUCGUACGCGUGAUUCUGUGAUCUACGCGUUGCCCCGGGCGUUGCCGAAUCGAUAGCGAUGAGCAGUGUGCCAUGGACUCGAAGCGGAACUUACAUGUGAUAGACUCUGUACUGUGAUAUGUUUGCCUUAUAGAUACGGUAUGAACCUUUAUAUGCAGUGCCAUCGUGAGGUAAGCUGCCCGAAGAAAUCUAAUUGAUGACCGAAAUAAGAGAAUAUUGUGAAGAAAAUGACUUUUCGUUGUGUUCCUGCAUUUCAAACUGUGUCUAACGACAGUAAUGCCACCUGGGAGCGCCUCGGUGGCGGCGGGCUCGGGCUCAGCGGCGGCGGGUUCCGCGGCGCGCAGCCCUCGCUCGCCGACUUCCAGCCACCGUACUUCCCGCCACCCUUCGCUCCGACAGCCCAUCCCGCAAGCCCACAUCAUCAACAACAGAGCCAUGGUAUGGAAUACAGCGGCGGAGGUGGCGGUGGGCCGGAAUACGCACAGCACUACGCCCCGCAGCAGCUGUUACCACGACACCACGGCCACCACGAACCACACGCACACUUACGUCACCACCGCGACCACCAUGACGCGUUACAUUCACACCACUUGUCACACGGCGGGUUUAGCUACGGCGGUGGCGACAGGCGGGCGGAGUACGGCGCGCGCGAACAACACGAGAUUGCGUUGCACCACGCGCUUCACUCAACAGACGAGACACAGAAUGCGGGCAUGGAUGAUACCACUGGAUUUAUGACAGACCUUCCUCUGUUGAAAACAAUGAAGGGUCGAGACGGUCUAGGCGGUACUGGCACAUGCGCGCCAAACGAUGUCUUCUGCUCCGUACCAGGGCGACUGUCACUGCUAUCUUCCACCAGCAAGUACAAGGUCACGGUAGCGGAAGUGCAGAGGAGGUUGUCGCCACCAGAGUGCUUGAACGCGUCUCUGUUGGGGGGCGUAUUAAGAAGAGCAAAGAGCAAAAAUGGCGGUCGAUUACUACGUGAGAAGUUAGAAAAAAUCGGUCUUAACCUGCCAGCAGGGAGACGGAAAGCUGCAAAUGUCACUUUACUGACCUCGUUAGUGGAAGCGGAGGCAGUGCAUUUAGCUCGCGAUUUCGGCUACGUGUGCGAGACGGAAUUCCCAGCGCGCGCUCUCGCCGAGUACCUCGCGCGGCAGUACGCCGAACACGACGCGAGACGCCGGAGGGACUUGCUUCAGGCAACCAAGCAGGUGGUGAAAGAGGUGAUGGACCUUUUGAACCAGGACCGGUCUCCGCUGUGCAACACGCGGCCGCCUCACCUGCUGGAGCCCGCUAUCCAGCGACACCUAACGCAUUUCUCGCUCAUCUCGCACGGGUUCGGUGGUCCAGCCAUUGUCGCUGCCCUCACCGCUAUACAGAAUUUCCUAAACGAAUCUCUAAAACAUUUAGACAAGUUAUAUCCUCAAAGUGGAAUGGUAUCAUCAACGAUGGACAAAACAAAAAUGGAUCCAGAUAUCAAAAAGUAACACACGCACUACCUCGGCGUCCCGAAUACGUGGAAAACGCGCACGUUACGAAAAAUAAUAAACAUAAACUUGUAAAUUUUUCGUAAUGGUAACAUUUGAUAUAUUAGACUAGGUUCUUCACAAUGUCGGUUUCUAAUUCGAU